GUCAGGGGCCACACUGCUUGCGAGGUGCUUUCAAGGAGGAGGAUGAUGACCAUGAACGGCAAGCAGCAUUUCUCCGUGCACCCGGCUCUGCACGAGCCCAAGUAUCCCGGCCUGCACUCAGGCUCGGAGGGCAUGCGCAGAGUCUGUCUGCCCGCCCCGCAGCUGCAGGGCAAUAUAUUCGGAGGCUUUGAUGAGAGCCUGCUGGCACGGGCAGAGGCUCUGGCGGCUGCUGACAGCAUUGUCUCUCACGGCAAGAGUCACCCGUUCAAACCAGACGUGACUUACCAUACCAUGAGCAGUGUCCCCUGCACCUCAGCCUCCUCUUCUUCCUCCACCACCGUGCCCAUCUCCCACGUCCCCUCCACCAUCGCCUCGCACCACCACCACCACCACCACCACCACCACCUCGGACAGACCCUGGAGGCCGGGGACCUCCUUGAUCACCUCUCCAGCAGCCUGGCCGUGAGCGGGAUGGGUGCUCCGGAGCCUCCAGGGAUGACCGCGCCAGCGCACCACCACCAGCACCCCCACCACCACCUGCAGACCAUGGGGCAGCUGCACCAGGCGAUGGCUACCAUGGCCCACCCGCACUCCCUGUCAGUGCACGGCGGCAUGGCGUGCGUCAGCGACGUGGAGUCGGAUCCCAGGGAGCUGGAAGCCUUCGCCGAGCGGUUCAAGCAGAGGAGGAUCAAGCUCGGGGUGACCCAGGCGGACGUCGGCUCGGCGCUGGCCAACCUCAAGAUCCCCGGAGUGGGGUCCUUGAGCCAGAGCACCAUCUGCAGGUUCGAGUCCCUCACCUUGUCCCACAACAACAUGAUAGCGCUCAAGCCGGUCCUCCAGGCCUGGCUGGAGGAAGCCGAGGCUGCGUACCGGGAGAAAAGCAGCAAGCCGGACCCUUUCAACGGGAACGAGAGGAAAAGAAAGCGCACGUCCAUCGCCGCGCCGGAGAAACGCUCUCUGGAGGCGUACUUCGCCAUCCAGCCGCGGCCCUCCUCGGAAAAAAUCGCGGCCAUCGCCGAAAAACUGGACCUGAAAAAGAACGUGGUUCGAGUGUGGUUCUGCAACCAGCGGCAAAAACAGAAACGAAUGAAGUACUCUGCGGUGCACUGA